AUGGACGCUAUGGGGGAAUACUUCGAAAACUUCGGUGCACCUCUGACGGACGACUCCGAGUUUCGAAGAAAGACGAGGGCCGCUGCAAGGGAGUACCCGUAUCGUGGUGCAGAAUCGCUGAAAGAUUAUUGCUGGACUUUUCCUUAUGGUUUGUCGGUGCUUAUGGUUGGGGCGAGGGAUCGUGUUGGUGGACGGACGUAUACGGUGGAAUCUGAUGGACAUCUGCAUGAAAUGGGCGGGACUUGGGUAACGCAUCACAUGGCGUACCUCUUCAAGGAAAUGACGCGGUACAAGAUGGAUCAAGAUCUAACGCUCACCCAUCAUCGCGGCUACGACAAUGACUACUACACGAUAAAUGUGCCCGAUAACAAACAGGAGCCACCCCCCGAACACCUCACGCACGAAGAAGCCGGCCAAAUAACAGCCCGAGUAUGGACAAUCUUCAUCAACGCAGCCGGCCAGAACUGCCGCUCCAUCUGCCCCCUCCCGCACUCGCAACUCGGCAACAUCCUAGUAUCACGGGAAGAAGUAGAGCGCUACGAUAAAAUCUCCUCAUCUGCUAUCCACCGAAGAAGCCUGGAUCCUAACGGCCCUCCUUCACAUCACCGGAGGCAGCAUGGGCACGUUAACUACAUGACCAAUAUCCACGCGGAUGUCGAGGGAUCCGAGCUGACGUCUUGGAAUGGCAUGGGAUAUCCGAAUCUACUGAUGUUUGGGUACGGCGACAGGGUCACGCCCAGUGGCCGCGCGCAUAUUGUGGGGUUUGGGAAAGAUGAACGUGCUACUUUCGUACCGAAGAACCCGGAGAAGGCCGUGGAUGCGUUUCAGAAGCUGCAUCCUAUGGAAGUGAACAGAAUGAUCUUCCACAAUUGGAACACCGACCCAUGGUCUCUAGGCGGACCAGCAUGGUGGCCUCCCGAGUUCAUGGCGAAGUAUCAAGAGGAAUUGCAGAGCCGGCACGGGCUUGUUUUCUUUGCGUCGGCCGACUGGGCGCAUGGCUGGCGAGCUGCGAUUGAUGGCGCGUUGGAGCAGGGGUCUCAGGCGGCUUUGCAGGUUGGCAAGGAGAUUAGGAAGAUGAGGGGGGUUAUGGCGAGGAUUUAG